AUGGCGGAGCCGAUCAGCCCCGAGUUGAGCAAACUGAUUCACAGUGGUUCGCUCAAAAAGUCACCAAUGAAGUCCCAGUUUGAAACGUUCUGCAUGCAAGUUCAAGCCGAGUUUUGUCGAGCUCUCGAAGAGAUGGAGGCCAAGUACUCGGAUGAAGUUGAUGAGAGCAAAGUGGCUCGCUUCAAGGUGGAUCGAUGGCUGCGACCUGAGGGCGGUGGCGGCAUUACCUGCAUCCUCCAGGAGGGCUCCGUUUACGAGAAGGCUGGCGUCAACAUUUCCGUUGUGCACGGGCAACUGCCACCAGCUGCUGUGGCUCAGAUGCGCAGCCGGGGUAAAAAUCUGCCCUCAAAUCAAUCGCUGCCCUUCUUUGCAGCGGGCGUCAGUUCGGUCAUCCACCCCGUCAAUCCAAACAUUCCCACCAUUCACUUCAACUACCGAUACUUUGAGGUGGAGGUGCCAGCUGACCCGAAGAACCCCGAAGGAAAAGCCGAAGUUCAGUGGUGGUUCGGCGGUGGAGUCGACAUGACGCCGUACAUUCUCCACGAGGAAGACUGCCGGGCGUUUCACCAGUUGCUCAAGAAGGCCUGUGAUCGACAUGACUCGAGUUACUACUCAAAGUUCAAAAAGUGGUGCGAUGAGUACUUUUACGUCAAACACCGUGAAGAGAGUCGCGGAAUCGGCGGUCUCUUCUUUGACGACCUCGACCAGCCGUCGCCGGCCAAGGUGUUCAACUUUGUGCAGGACUGUGCCCACACGCUGGUGCCCUCGUACAUUCCGGUGGUGGAUCGCCGUGCUCGUGUCGGCUACGACUACAAUGACCGACAGUGGCAGCUGCUGCGCCGAGGUCGCUACGUGGAGUUCAACCUCAUCUACGACCGUGGCACCAAGUUUGGCCUGAUGACGCCGGGCGCUCGCUACGAGUCGAUCCUCAUGUCGCUGCCACUCACCGCUCGAUGGGAGUACCAGCACCAGCCGCCCCCGAACACCAAAGAGUCUGCCCUCGUGGACAUUCUCAAGAACCCCAAAGAGUGGGUGUAG